GGGUAUAAAACCAGAAACCCCUCCACCUUCCUUGCUCCCAUUCCAUUACCUUCUUCUAUAAGCUUUUUCAACGCAUUCGUUCCAGCUGAAUCGGCCACAAGAGAAGACUUAACAAAGAGCACAGACACCGAAAGCAAAGCGAAAAAUCCCCCGAUUCCCCAGCAAUGGCCGUCAAAAUCUACAUCGUUUACUACUCCAUGUAUGGACAUGUUGAGAAACUAGCCGAAGAGAUAAAGAAAGGAGCUUCAGCUGUUGAAGGAGUUGAAGUUAAGCUAUUCCAGGUACCAGAGACACUGAAUGAAGAUGUUCUUGGCAAGAUGGGAGCACCAUCAAAGAGUGAAGUCCCCACCAUCACUGCCAACGAACUUGCAGAGGCUGAUGGCAUCCUCUUUGGCUUCCCAACUCGAUUCGGGAUGAUGGCUGCUCAGUUCAAGGCUUUCAUGGACUCCACCGGUGGGCUGUGGAGGACUCAGGCACUCUCAGGGAAGCCUGCUGGUAUCUUCUACGCCACUGGCUCUCAGGGAGGUGGCCAGGAGACCACACCCUUGACAGCGAUCACUCAGCUGGUUCACCACGGGAUGGUCUUCGUCCCAGUAGGGUACACAUUCGGAGCUGGGAUGUUCGAGAUGGAACAGGUGAAAGGUGGGAGUCCUUAUGGUGCUGGCACAUUUGCAGGGAAUGGCUCCAGGCAGCCUACUGAGCUAGAGCUGGGGCUGGCUCAUCACCAGGGGCAGUACUUUGCCGGCAUUGCCAAGAAAUUGAAGGGUUCUUCUAUUGAUGCUUAAGUGGACAGGGGUUUUUUUGGGGGGAUUUCUUCAUACGGUUUAAACUCAUUGUGUUUAUGUUCCUCCUAAUAUACAAAUUAGAAGCUUUUUAAUUAAAUUUCCUACCAUUUUGUGUUGAAUAAAUGUAUUAUUGUUGUAAUCUCAUUGUUGGACUACAUGAUUUUCUUGUAACUUAGUUUUGUCCCCUUUGUAGUUUUUAUUUUUUAAUAGAAUAAUAACGGUUGUGUACUUUUUCAUUAUUUCUUGUUAAAGAAUUUGAAUUGUCAUUUUAUCCUAUGCUUUCUUUUGAGUGUAUUCCUAUUUUCA